GGUCACCGUCCUCUCUCCCAACCCGCAGCCGAGGCAGGUCCUGCAGGGGGCUGGGGAGCCCCGGGGGUCAGGGGAGCCGGGGGUCGCGGAGGAGCCCGAGGCCGCCGGGCCUGGGGAGGCGGCAGAGGGGGGCGAGGAGCCACGGGGGACCCAGAGCGAGGGGGGUGAGCAGUGGUUGGAGGCCGAGGAAGGAGGUCAGGAAUCCCCAGAGGCCGAGAGGAAAAGAGGCCAGGAGGAAGUGGAGGCCGACAGGCAAAGUGGUCAGGAGGAAGUGGAGGCCGACAGAAAAGGAGGUGAGGAGGAAGUGGAGGCCGACAGGAAAGGAGGUGAGGAGGAAGUAGAGGCCGACAGGGAAGGAGAUGAGGAGGAAGUAGAGGCCGACAGGAAAGGAGGUGAGGAGGAAGUGGAGGCCGACAGGAAAAGCGGCGAGGAGGAAGUGGAGGCCGACAGGAAAGGAGGCGAGGGGACCCUGGAGGCUGAAAAGCGUCUGAGUCCUGAAGAACAGAAAGAGUCCGAAGAGGGAACAGAGUCCCAGGCAGAGGAGGUGAGCGAGACGGGGGCUCCCCUCAGGCCUAAUGAGGAGCCCAAGCCAGAGGAGGAAGGCCAGCAGCCCCAGGAGAAGCAAGAAGGCUCCCUGGAGGAGGAGGCAGUCAAGCCCCAAGCCCCUGCGGAGGGCCAGGGCCCCUCGGGGGACGCCACACCCCUCCUGGCAGAGACCCCAGCCCCGGAGCAGCCUGCCGAGUGCCAGCCACUGCUUCAGGCAGAGGGACCUGGCGCCAACUCCCGUGCCCGCUCUGUGCCCACCUAUGCACCUGCCCGGCAGCCAGAGCCCUCUGCCCCUACUGGUGGCGGGGAGGCAAGCGGCCCCAAGCAGAAGACGUGCCAGUGUUGUGCGGUCAUGUGAGCCCGCGCCUCCGCCCCACACCCAGCUCCUCACAGCUACCUCGGCCUCUUGGCAUCCAGCAACGGGUCCCAGGCGCCCAUGAGGUGCCACUGGACUGGCCGUGGCACCUGGGAGCCCGCUGGCCUGCAUGUCCACCUACACCUGGGCUUCCGGACCCUUGCCCACUGCCUGUGACCCUACCCCCUUCUGCGAUGAAGCCUUUAUACUUGAAAAUAAAAAAUGAAAGCAGUCA